AUGACCAAGCCCAAAAAGAAAAAAGGUUCCUCCUUUCACUGCCUUGAGCCACAGCCCCCUCGGCUGGGAUGGGGCAUGAACUUCUUCCACUCGAAGCCCACGGACAAGGACAACUGUGCCUGGGUCUCCAGAGUGCCACCUGUCUUCCACUUCAGCCCACGGCACUGCAAGCAACUAAAAAACCAGUAUUUGAAAAACGCAGCCGCUAACCUUUCCUUCUCUCAAGACGUGAGGUGGCAGCGAGGACUGCCCAGCAUGCCUUUCCACCAGUACAGUUUCGAGCAUAUCUACAACACGCAAAACAUCAUGUCACCUCCGCAGACCCGGAAGACCGACAUUAAGAAACCUGAGUACACUGCGGCUCUGUGUACUUCAACCUUCUUGCCGGAAGUCAUCACUCACUUUCCAAAGACACAUACCUCAACCUUCUUCCCAGAAGACUUCACUUACUUUGCAAAGAUACAAAGUUGUAUGGUUUCUAAAAAGCCGAAGAAAUCAAAGCCCCGAAGCCCGGAGCAGAAAGCAUUUCCUGGACAAGGCCGCCAUCACAACUUAAAGACAGAGAUCCUGGAACUGUCACUCUCUCCAGAUGAGAGUCUGGAAGAAAGGGAAACCUGGCUUCCACCUGGUGAGAAGGAGGCCCGAGGCUGGGAAGCCAUCGUGCUGGAGAAACUGGACAAACGCACGGCGCGAUGGAUCCAGAGCAAGCGUCCAGUGAGGCCCGGACAAUCGCCCAACAAGUGGCAGACCUUUCUGCGCCAGCAGUACGACUGGAGCCACAUUCGGGACGAGCUCACUUCAUCCAGUGACUUGGAACUCCUCAAAAAACUGGAGGCAGAAGAGACAGCGGAGUUUAUGGGUGAAAGUGCCCCGCCACCACCAAAGGAAAUAAAGAAGCCAGAGCUACUGCUUCCGGUUUACUUCAGGUUACCUGGUUACUCCCCACAAGUACACACAGUUGAAAUCCUGCCUGGCAACAACAUGACAGCCAAGGAUAUCCGAGAACAGAGAAGCAACAUCCUGCGUGUAACGAAGAGCCCCUUCCGGCAGGUGAACCGCAAAGCUGGAGAGUAUGCUUACUCUACAGACAAUGCCUUUGAGCAGGAGAUUUACUUUGACGGAGUGAAGAUUGUUCACCAGGUUGGUGGGAGGAGAGACCAAAUUGUACUGGAAAACCUCAACCGGUAUGACAAGCACCUCACUAAGGUCUUCCCUGAAACCCCAGAGAAGUGGAGCUUCCAGCCUGUUCCUGAAAAACCUUACAAAUUCAAGAAAGGAGUCCAGCGUUGGACCGCACUGCCAACCCGGGCCAAGGGCCUUCUGCUGCAGGUAGGUGAGGAGGACAAGUCUACCAAGACUAGGAGACAAAAGAAGCAGGUCCAACCCCUGAAGGAGGAUGUGACGUGGGAGCUGGCAGUCCUGCGGAGGAUGCUGCAGGAGUGGAAGACUUCCUGGGCACUCAUUAUUGAAUGGCAUCACGAGACAGUGGAGAACCUACUACAGCGCAUUCAGAGCAUGUAUGAUGACAUUAGGGUCCAGGCCAUUACCACAUGCGCUACUGCUGCUUUAGAAAGGCCCCGGAUUGCCAGCAACCCGGAGGACUCAGAACCAAUCAUCGUGGAUUUGCCAGAGGUCCUUCUGCCUGUUCUAGAGGCUGCUCUGUCUGACAGAAAUCCCAAUGUGAGGAUGGCGGCGGCAGUAUGCCAGUACGCCAUACAGUCACAUAAUCCCAUUGCCCGGGACAUCAUGCAGACAGCCCUCAUAAAGGGUAACAGUGUGGACAGCUGGGCUGCAGCUCAGUGCUUGGCUCUGGAAGGCAUUGCCACCUACCCGGUGAUUAAGAGGAUCCUCCACCAGCUUUUCCACAAGAAUAAUCAGGCCACUGAGGAACAGGCUUGCAUACUCCUGAACCAUCUCCGUGUCAACACGACCCUGAUCCACACGAUGCUUGCCGUGGAGCUGAACAGCAGGCAAUGGAAGGACCGCAUCGUGGCCUGCCGUGCUUUCUCUCAGAUCAGUGGGAAAGUCUGCAUAGAUAUGAAACAGAAGAUAAUCCAGCUGAUGUGGAAUGACUGGAAUAGGGAAGUAAGGCAAGCGGCUGCCAGAGCCCUGGGGCGGAUGAACCUUGGCAAAGAGAUCCAUGACAUGAUCAGAAUUAAGCUGUGCCAAGGAAACUCCCAGGAGCGGAUUAAGGCCCUCUCCCUGAUCCGUGUGCUCAAACUCAUGACAGCCAAGCUUUUCCCAAGUUUCCUGACCUGCUUCUCUGACGAGUUCACAGGAAUUCGACAGGCAGCUUGUUUGGCAGCAGGUGCCUUGCAGAUCCGUGACCAGAUGGUGCUUGAACGCCUCCUGAAUCUGAUGCACACAGAUCCUUACUGGAAAAUCAAGGCUUUUGCCAUUCGAGCUUUGGGACAGAUCGGACAAGUGAGUCCCCAGCUGACUAGUAACCUGCUGUGGGCUAUCCACUAUGAAGACUCACCAGGCGUGCGGCUGGAAGCCUGCCGGAGCAUCCUAGCCCUCAAGCUUCAGGGUCCCCAGGUCAGGGACACUUUCCUGGACGUGCUGCUCCUGGAAAAGCACGAGGCUGUUCUUAAGGAAAUUCACCAGACAAUGACAGCACUCAACUUAGAAAAAGACGGAAACCAAGAAAUGAUUCAGGAGAUUAAGAACAAGAUCCAAACACUAAACCAAAAGGACGUACUGACGGAGAAAAUACUGAAGAUGGAACUGGCCGUAAAACACCUGAAAGAAAGAGCUAAAUGGGUUUACUCAGAACCCAAAGAGGGCCAAAAACCACUGGAAUUCUACACUUUUCUUCAAAACUUCAAAACUUCUGCGAAUGAAGAGGUUCUUUUCAGGUCUGAGGUUUGCAACACGGAGAAAAUCCUAAAGAGUAUGAUGCCCAAGGUGCCAAAUCCCUGGCUCCAGAGUCCUGUCGUAACAUUCUCCAUACACAGAAACCGCCCGUCGUAUUUCAGGGAUCUACGGACUGCCCGGGAAAAAAUGAUUGAAAGGGGACCCUUUGGAAAUGACCCUGUUUUCAAGCCAAGCAAAUUCUUCAAAGAAGAUUGUCUUUCAACAUCAAGUCUUCUCUCCAUGGGGGGAUCCCAGCUCCUGUCUCGGCUGAAUGGCUCUUCUGCUCCUUGA